AGACGGCUCCUCCCUGUGCACCCGGGCCGGCCCGCCUUCCGGGUUCUUAUAGCGCCGCGGGCGGCGGUUGUCGACGGGGACGACGGCGGCGACAUGGCGGCGGCACUGCUCGUGCUUCUGGGGCUCGUCCUGAGCGUCGAGAGCGGCUCCGGGGCGGGGGGCAAUAUCACGACUUCCAAACUUAUUGUUGACUCCAAAACACGCCUCACCUGCACCUUGGAUUCCAGUGACACUGCCAUCCUGGGACACCGCUGGACGAAAGGGGACAAGGUGCUGCAGGAGGACUCGGAGCCCGAUCUGACAACGCAGUAUGAGAAUGAAGACUGUGAUCCGUGGGCUCACUUUGGACAGACGUUAGUAUGUGCCCUCCUGCAGGAUCUCCUGAUCAUGACCUUCGAGGCUUGCUCUGGCCCCACAGAGUCACCGGUAGAGGGUCAACUCACGACUGCGUCUGCUUGCAGGGUAGACACACACGAGAGCGCAGGAGAGUACUUCUGCACCUUCCUCCCCUCGGAACCUACAGGCAGAACCGCCCGCGUGAAUGUGGAGGGGCCCCCCAAGAUUAAGGCUGUGAAGAAGUCAGAGCAUGCCACUGAAGGAGAGACAGUUGUGCUGGCCUGCAAGUCUGAGUCUUUCCCCCCGGUUACCGACUGGUUGUGGUACAAGAUAAAUGAUGAUGGGGUCCAGAUUUUCAGCAACGGGUCCCAGAACAAGGUUGUGAUGUCCUCGGAGACCAAGACGGAGUUGCACAUCCAGAACCUAGACUUGGAGGCAGACCCUGGCAAGUAUGCCUGCAAUGGCACCAAUGCAGAGGGCACUGACCAGGCCGUCAUCACGCUGCGUGUGCGCAACCGCCUCGCUGCCCUCUGGCCCUUCCUGGGUAUCGUGGCUGAGGUGCUCGUGCUUGUCACCAUCAUCUUCAUCUAUGAGAAGCGGCGGAAGCCGGACGAGGUCCUGGAUGAUGAGGACACGGGCUCUGCUCCACUGAAGAGCAGCGGGCACAUGAAUGACAAAGACAAGAACGUCCGCCAGAGGAACGCCAACUGAGUGAGCAAGUGAGUGAGGCAGUGAGGAGGAGUCUGCACAGGCCUGAGCUGCUGUCCAGAGGAGCCUGGUGUUCCAGGUGUUCCUGGUGUUCGCACCAUUCCAAGUCCUCUCCUCUUAAAGGAAACCUACCCUGCAAAGUAGACCACACUGUUGAUUCAAAUCACAUGUUUUCUCUUUUAAAAGAAACUAAGCUAGGGUUUUCUCUAUGUAGAAUUCCAUUCCUUAGGGGUUUUGCUUUUUUAUUUUUAAGAGCACUCCAGGGGAGCUGCGAGGUUCUGUGGGGAGCUCCUGCUGUCCCCUGCCUAUCCCCUCCAUGUUCCUUCCUUGCACCCCCAAACCAUACCCUUGGUGUCCCCUGGGCAUUUAAUUUAGCCUCUAGUCCAUCAUGCUGGGGGGCUGUGGAUGACAGACUGGCUUUUCCCUGAGACUCCUCCUUCCACAGCUCACCUCCUGAGGUUGCUUUCUGCUGCUUCACUGCCCUUUUCAGGAGGUCACAGGUCACAAUGCCUGGCGUCCUGCCUGCCUGAAGCAAGUCCUGUCACAUCACCGCAGGUCUAUGUGACCUAGUCCAGCCUGACUUCAUGACCACCCCUCAGAGUAUCCCCCUCACUGCUCCUGCCCUCCCCACGCUGGGGGGCGGGGUCUGGAUGACCAUCAUGGGGUGGGAGUUGCUGUAACAGCCCCAUUCGCAUCUGUGCUCAUGGUGACUGAAGAAACCCCCUCCCCAGUGGAGCCUGAGGCUUCUUCCUUCACAGCAUCCUGACUUACAUGGGAGCCCCCAACCCCACCUGCCUGCUCACCAAUAAAGGCUGACCCACCUCUCA